CAAUAAUACAUCAUAACAAGUUGACAGCUUAAUGCGCUCGGUAGGCGUUCGUCCGUGACGCGCCCCUUGCGCGAUUCUUGAACAUGUGGAGCUUAUGACGUCUCGCUAACGGCGCAACUGCCGAAUGCACAUGCUUGACACCUGGGCAAGCUGUCCACAUCCCCCACACCUUCUGUAUCGUGGAUUCAAAGCUUCACCUACCUGUGUGUUCUUGCGUUUGAAGACUCGCAACUCGUCUGGACUUGCUCUUGACCAUGGCUUCUUACAUCGACUUCAGUCAGCCCAGUUUGUGGGUAUCUGCUGCAAGCAUUGUAUUCAACCCUACUUUCUGGAACAUCGCUGCGCAGCAAGAAUACCAUAACAAGGUCAUUACCAAGCUGUUUGGGGGUAACUCUCGACUUGGGUGCUAUGCGCUUGCCGUAACCAUUUUCUCACUGGGUAUCUUUCGAGACUACCUGUACGUUUACAAUGAAGCUCUCGCCGAUCAGCCCACCCAUCCGACUCUCCUCUCCCCUGCUAUCAAAUACUCCGCGAUCCCUCUGUUCCUAACAGGGAACACCCUCGUCCUGACCUCGAUGUGGGCUCUUGGUGUCACUGGCACCUACCUUGGUGACUACUUCGGCAUCCUCAUGGACGAGCCUGUGACGACAUUCCCAUUUAACGUCUCGGGUUCGCCCAUGUAUCACGGCUCUGCCAUGUCUUUCCUGGCCACGGCUAUUUGGUACGGAAAACCAGCUGGUAUACUUCUUACUGCACUGGUCCACACUGCAUACUCUAUUGCGUGCAGGUGGGAGGAUCCAUUCACUGGUAUGAUCUACCAGAAGAGAGACGAGGAGAGGAAGAAGGGCAAGAAGGGUCUGUAGAUGACUCGUCUCUACGUUGGCCAGCACGAUACAAGAUAAUAAUGUUGGGCAAACGAGCCUGCGACAUGGCUCUUGUGAUCAAUCACACAAUAGCGCAUUCAAUCUCCAUGUCCGCACACGUAUGGGUUGUGGGGGGAG